AUGGUCAUUGAGGGGGUUUUCAGACACAAACGUGGGGCUCCUCUACAACAGAAGACCCUACUGAUAAACACGCGUACUCCAGAAACUACGGGCCAACUCAUGGACGGCCUAGAGUUGAAUGAUGAGAACAACAGCACUCUUUCGGGAGAUUUCAGCUUAGGAGAAUUAAAUAACAUUCUUGAGCAGGUCAUUAACGAGCAGCCGUCACUUAGUCAGCGUCAAUGCCUUCUCAUUGUCACCCUUGUGACCAUGUUUAAGGAGUUCGGCUUUAGUGCCGAACCCAAAGCAGAAGCGACAGCCAUGAUCCUACACCUUAUACUUCUGCAAGACACUCAGCUUGAAGACCGAGCGGUACAGGGCCUCGAUUUCCAGAGCUCUUCUUUCUUCAAUACUUUUUUGCAAGUAGCCAAAGGUGUGAUUAGUUCACCGCAUUGGGAGGAGUCCACGAAGACCCAUCAGCUUCCUUGUGACCUAGCAGAUUUGAUUGAUGGAAGAGUUUUCAUCGAGGUGAACAGAAUGAUAAAGAGACAUGGGAUUGAUUAUAUCAUUUCACCAGCAACUCUAUUACCAUACAAUGACCUUGUAUCUUUGUUGAACCGGCUUUGUGGUGCGGGCCUUGACCUGGCAGUGAUCAAGGAAAGUAAGAAGAGUACUUCGAAGGCUAUCAUGGGAAAAAGUGCCAAGGGGAAGCAACAGAGGUUCCAGACAGAUACGAAGAUUCCCGCGAACGUUUCUUCAGAGGUUCACACGACAGUUCUCCCAUUUAGGAACGAAAUCUUUGAUGAUCACCUCGCCCCCGUUCACAUCGAGGUGGACGACUCUAUGAGUGCAGAAGUCGAUGUAAAGCAUUUCAUAGAACAGACUCAUUGGCAUAACUCAAAGCCCCUUGAUUCGAAAAAGGUACCUCAUUUGACGGCCAAGGACCAAUCUCGGUACCAAAAACGAAACCAGUUUUAUAUGACGGAGAUGAGACAGUAUGCAGAAAGCUUGUUGGGGUCCGCGGGAAUGUCUCAACCAGAGAUUGUGAUUGCUGGAACCCCUACAAUUACAAAGGGAAAGGCACAGCCUUUGCCUCCAGUAAGAGUUCAUCCAGGGAAUGGAAAGGGAAAGCCUUCAGUCAGGGAGAUGGCUGCGGUGACCAUUCAACAGAAGGCAGCUGAUGGAGAACGAAAGCAACGGCUAAAGUGGAAAUCUAAGCUCGAAUCAAUGACUCUAGGCCCCAAUGAUCCAAUGAGCCGAUUCUAUAUCAUCGAGAAAUACUUGUCCGGCCUGUCAAAAGAAAGUCGCGUCCUACUUGAGGCUGAAGUCCUAACUUAUCUCCUGGAUGCAUCGUUCCAAGUCAUUACUGGAGACGAGAAUGGCAAAGAUGGAACCAUUACUUUGACACACAUAUGGGGUCUAAUCAGUCGUCUCAUGAAACUCAGACACGGAAUCAGUGUUGUCAUAUCUGAAUUUGUCCGACAAGUCUGCCAGUGUCUCAAAUUACCAGGUGUUUCUCUGCCAGUCCAAACCAGCCAGCCGCUAUCUUUCAAGCCUUCGGCAAUAACCCAGAAUUCCAACACUACAAUUCAAAUGUCUGGAGUAGACUUUCAGCUCAUGCAUGGAGGCCCAUUCAUGGAACGUGGUAUAGGUUCCUUGCCAGAUCCCCGAACACCCGAUUUUGAGCCUGAUCUAUGGCAAAGAGAGGUAUUGGACCAGAUUGACGCAAAGAAGAGCGCUUUCAUUGUAGCCCCAACCAGUGCAGGAAAAACGUUCAUCUCAUUCUACGCGAUGAAGCAGAUUCUCAAAGAAGAUAAUGAUGGCAUUCUUGUCUAUGUGGCCCCCACAAAGGCACUGGUAAAUCAAAUCGCAGCUGAGGUACAGGCUCGAUUCUGGAAGUCCUACCCUGCAAAAACCACUGGAAAAUCGAUAUGGGCUAUUCACACUAGGGACCAUCGAAUCAAUAAUCCGAAUGGUUGCCAAAUACUCAUCACAGUGCCCCACAUUCUUCAAAUCAUGCUGCUUUCUCCAACAAAUGCCAAAGCAUGGACCCCCCGAUUGAAGAGAAUCAUUUUCGACGAGAUCCAUUGUAUUGGUCAGGCCCAGGAUGGUGUCAUCUGGGAACAAUUGCUUCUUUUGGCUCCAUGUCCUAUCAUCGCACUGUCGGCUACCGUUGGUAAUCCUGACGAGUUCUACAGUUGGCUCAAGUAUGCCCAAGGCGUGAAUGGGCACGAUUUAAAGAUGAUCUCGCACAAGCAUAGAUAUUCCGAUUUGAGGAACUAUCAGUAUUGUUCUGCAGGGAGAUUUUCAUUUAAGGGACUUCCCAAUCCUGGUGGCUUAUACCAGUUGGGACUUGACCAGGCCGAUGACAUGAAGUUCUUGCAUCCUGUCUUGAGCUUGGUUGACCGCUCAAGAGGGAUUCCGAAUGACUUUAGUCUUGAGCCACGGGACUGUUUGACCUUAUGGAAAGCAUUGCAUGAUCUGCAGAAUGAAGCUUUUCCGGUCGAUGCCUCUCUCAGUCCUUCUUCCUUUUUCUCCGAUGCCAUAAUCGGGAAGAAAGACGUCAUUGAAUGGCAAAAGCCCUUGAUUGAGCUUGUCAGUGAUUGGAUGAAAGACAGAAGUUCCCCAUUUGAUGCCCUUCUACUUGAACUAGGUAAAAACAAUAACUGUCCCACGGCUUCUGCUGAUACAGCAGGGUCUCCAUCGAGUUCUCCUCGGCUGGCUGUGUCACAGGACGAUGAGCUCUUAUCUACGACCCUCCCAUUGAUCUGCUCUCUUCAUGCUCAACGAGCACUCCCGGCACUAUUUUUCAAUUACGACCGGGGUAGGUGUGAAGACAUAUGUAAGCACUUACUGACCCAAUUGCGAGAAGCGGAAUCUGCAUGGAAAUCAGAGAACCCAGCAUGGAAGAGUAAGCUUGAAAAGUGGAGCGAAUGGAAAAGAAUACAGGAGGAGGCUACGAAGAAGACCACAAAGCCCACCAAAAAGAAAAGAUCCGAUGAUCAGGCAACUUCUCGUGCUGAUGAAGUUAGAGAUGCGGCAUCUGCCGAAGGCAGUCUGUGGGAGCUCUUCGACCCAGAAAGACCUGUGGAAAGAUUUAGCUUAGCUGAUCCAAAGAAGCUGGCACCGUCAGAGUUUUUAAAUUACACCGAGGAACUUAGAUGGCGCAAAAUCCCGUCGUGGCUGAUAGAUGCCCUGGAGCGUGGCAUCGGUGUGCAUCAUGCCGGCAUGAAUCGAAAAUACCGUCAAGUCUGUGAAAUCCUAUUUCGCAGAGGUUUUCUGCGUGUCGUUAUCGCAACGGGCACAUUGGCCCUGGGUAUUAAUAUGCCAUGCAAGACCGUCGUCUUCUCAGGUGAUUCUUUGUUCCUCACCUCGCUCAACUUUCGACAGGCUAGCGGACGUGCAGGACGUCGUGGGUUUGAUUUGCUGGGAAAUGUUGUUUUUCAGAACGUUCCUACCGCCAAGAUUCACCGACUGGUUAGUUCAAGGCUUCCAGAUCUAAAUGGACAUUUUCCCAUCACGGCUAGUCUGGUUCUGCGACUUUUUAUCUUACUACAUGGCUCCAAUCAUGCACCGUCCGCGGUGAAGUCUAUUAAGUCGCUCCUGUCAAGCCCUCGAAUCUGUCUUGGGGGUCCAGAGAUGAAGCAUACUGUGCUACAUUACCUUCGGUUCUCGAUUGAAUAUUUGCGUCGAAAUCAGCUUAUUGACAGCAAUGGAGCUCCAUUGAAUUUCGCGGGAUUUGUUUCCCAUUUGUACUACACAGAGAGCUCCAGCUUUGCCUUCCACGCUCUGCUGGACUCUGGAUACUUUCAUAGUGUCUGUAAACGCAUCUCUGAGAAAUCUAAGAGAUCGCUCCAGACACUCAUGCUCGUCAUGUGUCAUAUUUUCAAACGACUCCCCUUACGUCAAUCCACGAUAGAGUCCUACCGCACCGCAUAUAAAAGGGGAUCCUCCGUUGUGGUACUCCCUGAUCUGCCGAAGACAGCAGCCAAGGCACUGAUCAAUCACAAUCGCCAGGUACGGGAUAUUUACACGGGUUAUGUAUCGACCUUCAUCAACCAACAUGUUGACGCGCGUGAUUACCACCUUCCAUUGAGUGGUGCCGAGUGCGGGGGACAGAAAGCGGCCAUGGAGCUUGGUGUCAUUGAUACUCAGCUCUCUGCCUCAAAAAUCACAUCUCCAUUCUAUGCCCUCUCCGGGCAUGGUGACCAGUGGGAUACUGUUGCCGAUCUGUGCGAAACAGUUCGCGACGGUGUGUGGCUCGAGGAGUCUGUCGUUCCCUAUGUACCUAUCGCAUCUGAACGCUCUCCACUGAAUGCAUAUCUCUACGACUUUUUUAAGCAUGGAAAUGUUCACGAGUUGGAGAGGGCCAAUGGGGUCCGUCGAAGUGAUAUCUGGUAUGAACUGAAUGAUUUCUCCAUGAUCCUUGCAACCAUCACCGCCAGCCUAGAGAAAAUGGUGAACCCACAUGGAAACUCAGAUAUUGAUAUGCUCAACGUCGCCGGUGGUGGUGAUGCUCAUGAGAUCCAAAUUGAUGAUGACAACAUCGUUGAUGACGAUAGUCAGACUCAAAAUGAGACUUCAACAACUCCAGCAGGUAAACUUCACCAAAAGCCGGCGACGGCACCUGCCGCGGUCCCGAAGAAACCUCUUACAUCAACAAGUGAAGUUUUAGACAGCUGGGAAGAUGAGAUGGUGGAAAAUAAUCCGGUGGAGCAGGACAACGAGCCCAAAUCACGGCAGCAACAGAAGGAGGCGCGAAAGAAGGAGAAUGAGGAGAGAACAGAUAAGGCAGAACAAAAGAAGCACGACCAAAAAUCCUUACUCUUGGUUUACAACGGAUUCAACCUUCUCAAGAAUGAGUUUGAUACAAAGUUCAAAGAGAUGUGGGCUUGA